AUUUUGUCAAUUGUUUUAUGCUUACAGCGUGAAAUCGUGUUGUUAAUCGAAGCAUGUCCGCAUAUCGAAUGCCAUAUAAUAUUAUCUCAUCGAUUUCUCCGUUUUUUCGAACGUGCGUAAUUCCUAUUCAUUUUUCUAACGUCAUCGAGAAAUGCUGGAUUCAGACGUGGCCAAAUGGUUCUCAGGCAAAAAUAUCCUCAUAACCGGAUCUACGGGGUACAUGGGAAAAGUAAUGGUGGAAAAAUUACUCAGAUGCUGCCCUGGAAUAUCCAAAAUAUACUUGUUGAUAAGAACGAAGAAAGGAAAGACACCAACACAAAGAAUCGACGACUUUCUCAAAGGCCCUGUUUUUCACAAGAUCCGGAAUCAACCAGAGGUAUUUUCCAAGCUGGAGUGCAUCAGCGGGGAUCUGACGAUGGAAAACUUAAGCUUGUCGAGUCGGGACGAGAAAAAUCUGCGGGAAAACGUGGAGGUGGUGUUCCACAUGGCCGCCAACGUCCGGUUCGACCAAACCCUGAAGAACGCGUUGAUCCUGAACACCCUGGGCACCAAACGCGUCCUCGAUCUUGCGUGUACCUUCGAAAAUCUGAAGGCUUUCGUGCAUGUCUCCACCACUUACUGCCAUUGCGAUCUCACUGUUUUGGAGGAGAAGACUUACCCCGCCCCUCACGACCCUAGGAAACUCAUUGACAUCGCAGGCUGGAUAGACGAGAAGCUGUUGGAGUUGAUGACGCCACACUUGAUUAAAAAUUCCCCCAAUACAUACGCCUACACUAAGUGCCUCGCCGAACAUCUCGUCAGCGAAUAUUCAGAGUUGUUGCCAAUUGCUAUAGCAAGACCAGCAGCAGUGACAGCUGCUUGGAAAGAGCCACUUCCUGGAUGGGUAGACAAUCUGAAUGGACCCACUGGCAUCCUUGUGGGCGCUGGCAAGGGGGUAAUACGGAGUAUGCAUUGCAACGCGGAGUACAAGGCUGAUAUAAUACCAGUAGAUUGCACAACGAACAGCAUAAUAUUGGUUGGAUACCACCUGGGAUCUAACCCAAGGACAGACAUACAGGUUUUCAACAUUACCAACGAUAAAGAUAAAAGAAUCUCUUGGGGCGGAGCCUUAAACUUGGGAAAGAAACACUUUUAUGACAAUCCGUUCAGCGUCUGCCUCUGGUACCCUGACGGAAGCAUCAAAUCCAGCUACUUCGUCCACAUGUUGGCCGCCUUCUUCUUCCACCUGAUCCCCGCGUACUUCAUCGACUUCGUCAUGGUUUUGACCGGAAACAAACCUUUCAUGGUGAAGGUGCACAAACGUAUCAAGAAGGGUCUGGAGGUGCUACAGUAUUACACGACCAGACCUUGGUUGUUUCGCAAUGAGAAAAUGAGGGCUCUGAACGUUUCCCUGAACGAGACCGAUCGUGAAAUGUUCUACGUGGUCGGUCCUGAUGAUUACGAUCAGUAUAUCCUGGAUUAUAUUCUUGGAGCCAGAAGAUUUUGUCUGCACGAAGAGCCUGAUACGAUACCUCAUGCAAAGAAAGUGCUCAAGAGGUUGUAUUACUUGGAUGUUUGCAAGAAUAUUUUGUUGGGCUGUCUUGGCUUCUGGUUGUUCGGAGGAUAUAUCAUACAGUUCUUGUUCAAGUUUCGAUCAUUUUCAGAUCUGAUAUAUGUGCUAAAAUGAUAUGGAAAAUUGUGAAAACACUAUAGGUUGCUCUCCAUCUAAGUAAAUUAAAUAUAUUUUAAAUUUCA